AUCUGCAUUUCCAUCAAUCCCAAAUCCAUCUCAAACCCUCCAGUAAAUACCAUCCAAUUUUCCUUCAACACCAUUUGUUUGGUCUUUUUCCUCAAAACUCAUGGAAGGGUCCACAAAUUUCCUCUCACUCAUUGCAAUAAUAUCUGCAACAAUGUUAGUUAUUUCAGUUAAGGGGCAGCUUGGCACUCCAUGCACAACCUCAAUGGUCAGCAGCUUCACCCCAUGCUUGAAUUACAUCACUGGAAGCAGCAGCAGCGGGGUUUCACCGGCAACUGGGUGUUGCGAUGCAGUGAAAUCUCUCAUGAGCGGUAGCAUGGAUUGCGCUUGUCUCAUUGUAACCGGGAAUGUCCCUUUCUCACUGCCCAUUAAUCGAACACUGGCAAUCUCACUCCCGCAAGCAUGUAAAAGUUCUGGUGGUUUACCACUUCAAUGCAAAGCUAGUGGUGUUCCGCUACCAGCUCCAGGUCCAGUUCAAUUUGGUCCGACUAGCUCACCUCUUUCACCUGAUGCUUCUGCUCCUUUUAGUCCCACAGCUUCAAAAGCAGCAGAAAUGGCUUCACCACCAGUUGAUGACACAACAACACCAGCAUCUCCGCCGGUGAGUUUGGUAGCUCCAAAAGCAACACCUGGUAUUCGACCAGUCGUGACUCCAACCUCGACCUCAGCUUCUAAUCCAUCCUACAUCCCCUCACCAUUUGUCCUGCUUGUAUUCAUCGGAAUCAUAUAUGGUUUUUAAGUGCUAUUAAUUUUUCUCUUGAUAAUAAAAAAAAAAAAAGCGUCAUCUUAUGCUUC